CCUCACAGGUGUGUUUGUCUCGUCCCCUGCAGAAUGUGCGCAUUGACCCCAGUAGCAUGUCCUUCAACAUGUGGAAGGAGAUCCCCGUCCCCUUCUACCUGUCCGUCUACUUCUUCAACGUCCUCAACCCCGACGAGAUCCUCCAGGGCAAGAAGCCGCAGGUGCAGGAGCGCGGGCCCUACGUGUACAGGGAGUUCCGGCACAAGAGCAACAUCAGCUUCAACGACAACGACACGGUGUCCUUCCUCGAGUACCGCAGGUACCAGUUCCAGCCCGACAAGUCCUGCGGCCUGGAGAGCGACUACAUCGUCAUCCCCAACAUCCUGGUCAUGAGCGCGGCAGUGAUGAUGGAAGACAGGCCCCUGAGCCUGAAGCUGAUGAUGACCUUGGCCUUCACCACCCUCGGCGAGCGCGCCUUCAUGAACCGCACCGUCGGCGAGAUCAUGUGGGGCUACGACGACCCCCUCAUGGACCUCAUCAAUACCUACCUGCCAAACUUGUUUCCCUUCAAGGGCAAGUUCGGGCUAUUUGCCGAGCUCAACAACUCCGACUCCGGGCUCUUCACCGUGUUCACGGGGGUCAAGGACUUCAGCAGGAUCCACCUGGUGGACAAGUGGAACGGACUCAGCAAGGUGAGCUUCUGGCACUCGGAUCAGUGCAACAUGAUUAACGGAACUUCGGGGCAGAUGUGGGCGCCCUUCAUGACGCCCGAGUCCUCGCUGGAGUUCUACAGCCCCGACGCCUGCCGGUCCAUGAAGCUGAUCUACAAGGAGUCGGGGGAGUUCGAGGGCAUCCCCACCUAUCGCUUUGUGGCCCCUGACACCUUAUUUGCCAACGGCUCCGUCUACCCGCCCAACGAGGGCUUCUGCCCGUGCCGGGAGUCCGGAAUCCUGAACGUCAGCACGUGCAGGUUCAGUGCGCCCUUGUUUCUCUCCCAUCCUCACUUCUACAACGCCGACCCGGUCCUGGUAGAGGCGGUGCUUGGCCUCCAGCCUAACCAAGAGGAGCAUUCCUUGUUCCUGGACAUUCACCCGGUCACGGGGAUCCCCAUGAACUGCUCGGUGAAGCUGCAACUCAGCCUGUACAUGAAGGCCAUCAGCGGCAUCGGACAAACCGGGAAGAUCGCGCCGGUGGUCAUGCCGCUGCUGUGGUUUGGAGAGAGCGGGGAGAUGGAGGGUGCCACCCUCCGGUCCUUCUACAACCAGCUGGUGUUGAUGCCCACGGUGCUGCACUACGCCCAGUAUGUCCUCCUCGCCCUGGGCUGCAUCCUGCUGCUCGUCCCCAUCGUCCUCCAGAUCCGGAGCCAAGAGAAAUGCUAUUUAUUUUGGAGUGCUAGUAAAAAGGGCUCGAAGGAUAAGGAGGCCGUCCAGGCCUAUUCUGAAACCCUGAUGACAUCAGCCCCCAAGGGCGCUGUGCUCCAUGAAGCAAGACUGUAGGGUCCCGAAGACGCCAUGUGCCAGCCCAGCCUGGCCGCUCAGCCAGACCCGUUCCCCGGCCCCUGCACCCCGCUGCUUCAGGACUCUCUCAGCGGACAGCCCACCAGCCCCCCAGUCUGAGCCCCCACUGCCACACGCACGUCCCCACAGUGCACCCCCCCGGCACGUGGACACACGCCUGCACAGGUGUGUGCCGGCACUCAGGGAUGGAGCUGCUGCUGAGAGGACUCGGGGAGACGCUCGUCAACAAGGACUGUUCUGGAACCUUCUCUCCAAGUGACCCACAGGCAGCGCCACAGUGCUGUGGGCAUCGGGUCCCCUCCCUUGGGUGGGCUCUUGACAACUCACGCCACCCCUCCCCGGUCGUCCUCUCCAUCAGUCUCAAAACAGUGCAGCCCCUCCUGGUGGCCCCUACGGGGACCGGGCUUCACCGCGAGGGCCAGCCACUGUCCCGACGUCCCAC